AUGCCUGCCACGUCUCUUCGUCGACUACUCACGACCUGUCUCUCCCUUUCGAAGCCACGCCUCUCCUUCCUGAUCGUCUUAACUACAGCGACGGCAUACUCGCUCUACCCUGUCCCAGCGCUCCUCCUACCAUCGACCACAGCAUCUCCCUCCCUGUCGGCUUUGACUCUCGUUUUCCUCACUUCGGGUACUGCACUCUGUUGCGCCUCGGCAAAUGCCUUGAAUAUGCUAUUGGAGCCCAAGUACGAUGCUCAGAUGAGCCGGACACGCAAUCGACCUCUCGUUCGUGGCCUUAUAAGCAAGAAAGGAGCGUUGAUGUUCGCAGCUGCCGCUGGAGCUUCAGGGGUAGGGAGCUUGUGGUUCGGCGUCAACCCUACUGUAGCCUUCCUGGGAGGAUUAAACAUCGUGCUCUACGCCGGAAUCUACACGCCUAUGAAACGGAUCUCCGUUCUAAAUACGUGGGCCGGAGCUAUAGUGGGCGGCAUUCCUCCACUGAUGGGCUGGGCGGCAGCAGCAGGACAAAGUGCAACAGGAAGUGGAGAAUGGAAAGAGCUUCUGCUCGGUGAAGGAAGCGUUGGUGGAUGGCUUCUCGCAGGAUUACUGUUCGCAUGGCAAUUCCCACAUUUCAACUCGUUGAGCUGGCCUAUUAGGGAGGAGUACAAGAAUGCGGGAUACCGCAUGCUUGUGUGGACUAACGCCAGAAUGAACGGCCGAGUGGCGCUUCGGUAUGCCAUACUUUGUUUCCCGAUCUGUGCUGGCCUGUGGUGGUUCCAGAUCACGGACCAAGGAUUCUUGGUCACCAGCAGCAUUGUCAAUGCGUGGAUGGUCAAAGAGGCGUGGAGGUUCUGGAGAAAAGAGGGACACAAGGGAAGUGCGAGGGGUUUGUUCUGGGCAAGUGUCUGGCAUCUGCCGGUGGUCAUGGUGCUGGCUAUGGUACAUAAGAAAGGGCUGUGGGACGGAAUAUGGAAGCGGCUGAAUGGUGAAAGCGAAGACGAAGAUAUUUGGCUAAAUGAUGAAGAGGUACAGACUCGUGAUACUGACGGACAUCCGUUACGGGUUGUUAGAGCCCUUACCUCCAGUGGCGCAUAA